UCCACUCUCCCUCCUCCUCCACCUCCUCCCCCCACAACCCGCAGUGACUUCUUGGCGGCAGCGAAAGCCCUGGUGCCCAACUGCGAGGCCGGAGGGUACCUGCAGCUGGUCUGGCAACUGCAGGCUCUCGCCCAAGGCCACACGGGGAGGCCGCUGGACCCCAUGGCCGUCGGGCUCGUUGAGGCCAUUUCAUUCUGCAGAUACGGAUCCGCAGAAAACCCUCCGCCUUUGGCCGCGAACAUCUUCGUCGGGGGCGGCCCGGCGCAGCUCGACACUCCGGACACCUGGCCCGGCAUGAGUUAUCCAGGCCUGUAUCUUCACGACAACACCUCCACUCCUGAAAGACAGCCAGCUGUCGGCACGCCAGCUGGGACCGUGCCACCUGUGUCUUUACCUGAUGGCGCAGUGCCACCUGUUGCCUCGCCGAGUGGGGCGGUGCCACCUGUGGAUGCUCCGGAGGGUGCGCGCCCACCUGUUGCUUUCCCAGGUGUGGCGCUGCAGCCAGGAGACAUUCCUGCGGGAGACUUGCCACUGGAGGGCGAAGGGCCAGCUCUGCCUGACUCCGGAGGGGCAUUCCCUCCUCUUGAUACUCCCGAAGGGACAGUGCCACCUCUAGGCGCUGCCGAGGGAACAGUUCCACAGCUAGACAGCACUGAAGGGCCAGUGCAGCCAGUGGACGGCGCCCAAGGUGUAUCACCGGCAACGGAUGAUAGCCUGCGUCCAGUGGCCGUGGGAGAAGGUGACGGUGAUGAAGCUGGCGGGCCGAUUCCCGUCACGGAAGCCAAUGACCGCAACAGGUUCUUCUGCGGAGGCGCCCUCAUCACGCC